AUGCGGGAGCACUUGCACUACAGCAACAAGCUGGUCGGCAUCCGGCGGCACUAUCGCCGCUGCGCGCCGGCAACGCCCCACAUCGCCGUAGCCUUCCUCCUCGUCGCGCUCGGCGUGCUUUACCUCAUCUUCGGCCCGACCAACUCCGACCUCAACCUCAUUCUCGCCAUGCCGCGCGUCCACGUCGUGUUCAACGAACCCGCCGUCGUCCCAGCGGCGCCUGCUGCCGCCGUGCCUGCCCCCGGCAACGCGACCGACGACGACGAGGACCGCGGCCUCCCGCCGCCGCGGCAGCUGACGGACCCGCCCUACUCGCUGGGCCGAGCCAUCCUAGACUACGACGCGUGCCGGUCCGCGUGGCUCGCGGCGCACCCGGAGGUGCAGGUGCAGCCCGCGGCCGGGCGGCGGCCGCGGGUGCUGGUGGUGACGGGAUCGGCGCCCGCCCGGUGCCCCGACCCCGACGGCGACCACCUGCUGCUGUGGGCGUUCAAGAACAAGGCGGACUACUGCCGCGUGCACAGCCUCGAUGUGUUCUACAACGCGGCAUUCCUAGACGCCGAGAUGUCCGGGUUCUGGGCGAAGCUGCCGCUGCUGCGGGCGCUGAUGCUGGCGCACCCGGAGGUGGAGCUCCUCUGGUGGGUGGACUCCGACGCCGUGUUCACGGACAUGGCGUUCGAGCCGCCGUGGGAGAGGUACGAGCGCCACAACCUGGUCCUCCACGGCUGGCCCGCCAAGGUGUUCGAGGAGAGGAGCUGGGUCGGCAUCAACACCGGCAGCUUCCUCAUCCGCAACUGCCAGUGGUCGCUCGACCUCCUCGACGCGUGGGCGCCCAUGGGGUCACGCGGCCCCGUCCGCGACAGCUACGGCGAGCUCUUCGCCCGGGAGCUCUCCGGGCGCCCGCCGUUCGAGGCGGACGACCAGUCGGCGCUCGUGUACCUGCUCCUCACGCAGCGGGGCAGGUGGGGGGACAAGACGUUCAUCGAGAGCACCUACGAGCUCAACGGCUUCUGGGAAGGGAUAGUGGACAGGUACGAGGAGCUGCGGCGGAAGGGGCGCCCCGCCGGGGGCCUCGGCGACGACCGGUGGCCGUUCGUCACGCACUUCGUCGGGUGCAAGCCGUGCCGGCGGUACGCCGACAGCUACCCGGUGGACCGGUGCCGGCGCGGCAUGGAGCGCGCGUUCAACUUCGCCGACGACCAGAUAAUGAGGCUGUACGGGUUCGAGCACGAGUCGCUCAACACCACCGCCGUGCAGCGCGUCGGAAACGAGACCGGCGGCCCGCUGGACGCGGACGAUGAGGAGCUCGGCCGGCUAUUGCACCCCACGUUCAGGGCUGCCAGGCCCACACAGACGUAG